AUGAGUACGGCACUUGGACAACGUAAACCAGAAAAACUUGAUAAAAGCAAAGGUAAUUAUAUAUAUCUUUGGAUUAAUUAUAUAGCACCUCGAGGAGGUGAUACCGGCUUUUAUUCAUCAUCAUCAUCAUCUGCUAUUCAAUCUUUUUUAAAUGAUGCCCAGAAAGGUAAAGCCGGUGGUAAAGGUACAAAAGCAGUUUCACCUGUUCUUGAUGGACCAACUGAAUCUGAUACAAGUCGACCACUUGAUUCAGAAGAAAUUCAAGCUUUAGCUAUUCGACUUGAUGAACUUGAAAAAUUACGUCAAGAUAAAAAUGAAAAAAAAACAACCGAAGAACACCAACAAAAAUCAUUUAUUGUUAAAAAAACUAAAACUGGUCCACAAAAACAACCAAUACAAGUAGCAAAAAUUGCACCACAACAACCAGUACAAGAACAAUUAAUUAGUUCAGGAAUAAGAUUUGAUUCAUCGGGUAAUUUACUUCCAUAUAGUAUUCUUGGAACAGUUAAUGAUUAUGUUGGUGAAUUACCAGAUGCUGAAGCUGCUGAACUUUGCACAAUGGGCAAAGAUAAAAAAACUGCUGAAGAUAUUCCAGAAGUUGGUACAUAUGAUAAAAAAAAUAAACAACGAACUAGUAGUCCUGAUGGUGGUGGACGUUCAUUACAAAAUUGGAAAUUUCGUAUGGAUGAAAGACGACAAGUGAUGAAAAAUAUGUCAAGUAAAUUAUUAGAACCAAAAUGCUUUUCUAAAGAAAAACAAUGA